AUGGCUCCCCCGCCCAAGCCGGCAGAGACCGCCGCCUGCGCUCGCAGCGCAUCAAUCAUUAACCGGCGCGGCGGGGGAGGCGGACACAGAGCAGGAGCCGGCAUCACGUUCUGCCGGGGGGGACUCGGGGCCCCAAGCCGGGCAGGGUCUCGGUCUCCUCCAGCGGCAGGGGCUGAAUUACCGCGAGGCUGGGCUCCUCUGCAGGAGGAGCUGCCGCCGCGCGUCGGCUGGGGCGAUGCUGCCGCUGCUGCAAUGAGUGAUGCUGGCGGGGGGAGGAGGAGGAGAAGCACAAAUCCACUGCAAUUCCUCCUCCGGCGGCAGCGGGGAAAGCGGCUUUUCCUUUGCCGGCUUACAUCACCAGCCCCGCUCCGGCUCCGGCUCCGGGGCCCCAAAGGCGCCCUCUCCUCCCCCCACCGCCACCCCCGCAGAGGAGCGGCGCCGCGGCGGGCCGAGGGGGCUGGGGAGGGGGGCACCAUGCCUGGAGGCCGGGCAGCAAAGGACCAGGCGCCUCCCCCUCCUCCCUCUGCCCCCCUGCUGCGCUGGGACGAGGUGCCCGAUGACUUCGUGGAGUGCUUCAUCCUGUCGGGCUACCGGCGGCUGCACUGCAGCGCCCAGGAGUGCCUGGCCUCGGUGCUGCAGCCCACCAACGAGACGCUCAACUUCUGGACCCAUUUCAUCCCCCUGCUCCUCUUCCUGAGCAAGUUCUGCCGGCUCUUCUUCCUGAGCGGGGCCGGCGAGCUGCCCUUCCACCACCCCCUCCUGCUGCCCCUCUGGUGCUACGCCUCGGGCGUCCUGCUCACGUUUGCCAUGAGCUGCACGGCCCAUGUGUUCAGCUGCCUCUCGCUGCGCCUGCGCGCCGCCUUCUUCUACCUGGACUACGCCUCCAUCAGCUACUACGGCUUCGCCAGCACCGUGGCUUAUUCCUACUACCUGCUGCCCGGCCUGCGUCUGCUGGACGCGCGGGCCAUGAGCCGCUACCUGCAGCAGCGCCUGGGCUGGCAGCUGGACUGCAGCCUCCCCAUCGCCCUCUACAGCGCCCUGGUGCUGCCGGUGGCCUUUGUGCUGGCCGUCACCUGCACCGUGGCGUGCUGCAAGAGCCGCUCCGAGUGGUGCGCCUACCCCUUCGCCAUCCGGACCUUCGUCUUCGCCAUGCCCCUCAGCAUGGCCUGCCCCAUCAUGCUGGAGAGCUUCCUCUUCGACCUGCGGGGGCAGAACCCCACCCUCUUCGUCUACUUCUACAGGCGCUACUUCUGGCUCCUGGUGGCCGCGUUCUUCAACAUCAGCAAGAUCCCCGAGAGGAUCCAGCCGGGGCUGUUUGACAUCAUCGGGCACAGCCACCAGCUCUUCCACAUCUUCACCUUCCUCAGCAUCUAUGACCAGAUGUACUAUCUAGAAGAAGGGCUGCUGCAGUUCCUCAAAUCCCCACCUGCCUCCCCUACCUUCCUAGGCACCAUCGGAUAUAUGCUGCUCUUAAUGCUUUGCCUGGGAAUGGUCAUAAGGAAAUUUUUGAACGUUGCAGAUCUCUGCAAACAGGACUAG